GCAUAAAGAGUGGAGGUUUAUAGUGGGAUUUGGGAAAACAGAAAAGGCCCAUAUGUGACUUUUAGUCAUAGAGGACUUGGCAGCUGCACGACUCAGCUGCCAAGUCGUCCACUCUUGCAAAUGACCAAAACAUGGGGUAGAGGUUUUCUAGUCUUGUCUCUCUUCAUUCAUUCACUCAUUAAAUUUGAGUUCUGGGACCAAAUACCAGUAUAUCUACCUCGCCUGCAAAUAUUUCUCUGCAGCCAUGGAGACCAAAACAAACCCAAAAUUCUUGCUUUCCUUGCUUUUCUUAAGCCUAUGCCUCAAGUCCCGUAUCUGCUUUGGAGCUGACACCAUCACAGCAAACCAGUCUCUCUCUGGUGACCAAACCAUUGUUUCAGCUGGUGGGAAAUUUGAGCUGGGUUUCUUCAAGGCAGGUAAUACUUCAAACUACUACAUAGGCAUGUGGUACUACAAGACAGUAGUACCAGAGCAAACCAUAGUCUGGGUGGCCAAUAGGGUGCAGCCAGUCUCUGAUAGAUUUUCUUCAGAGUUGAGAAUCUCAGAUGGUAAUCUGGUGCUGUUUAAUGAGUCCAAAACCCCAAUUUGGUCCACAAAUGUCAGUUCAAGUUCAGUUUCUUCUAUACAUGUAGUUCUUUCAGAUAAUGGAAACCUUGUGCUAAGAGCUGGGUCUGAUUCAUCUUUGCCUUUAUGGCAAAGUUUUGAUUAUCCAGCUCAUACUUGGCUACCAGGAGCUAGAAUUGGGUUCAACACUGUUACAAACCAAACCCAAGUCCUGACUUCAUGGAAGAAUUCUGAUGAUCCUGCACCGGGUCUUUUCUCUCUUGAGCUUGACCCGAAUGGAAGCGAUGCAUACUUCAUACUGUGGAAUAGGUCUAUUCGGUAUUGGACUAGUGGAGCUUGGGAUCCAAAGAGUCGUAUUUUCAGUUUGGUUCCUGAGAUGAGGCUUAACUAUAUCUACAACUUCAGCUAUGUUAAAAACAAAAAUGAGAGCUACUUCACCUAUUCUGUUUAUGAUCCUAGCAUCACAUCUCGAUUCAUAAUGGAUGUAUCGGGUCAGAUUAAGCAACGAUCCUGGUUGAAAUCUCAGGGAUGGAACUUGUUUUGGUCUCAACCAAGGAAACAAUGUGAGGUUUAUGCUUAUUGUGGGGCAUUUGGCAGUUGCAAUGAGAAUUCUUUGCCCUUCUGUAAUUGUUUGAAUGGUUUUGAGCCGAAAUUGAAGAUGAAUUGGGAUUUGCAGGAUUAUUCUGGUGGCUGCAACAGACGGACUACGCUGAAUUGUGGGAAUGGUACCAAUGGUACUACUGAUAAUGGAAAGAAACUGAAGAAAGACCGUUUUCGAGAACUGACUAGCAUGUCAUUGCCUGUGGGUGGUCAAUCUGUGGAGGUUGGGAGUACUUCGCAAUGUGAAUCCUUUUGCUUCAAUGAUUGCAAUUGCACUGCUUAUGCAUAUGUCGACAAUAAAUGUUCAAUUUGGUCUGGAGAUCUCUUGGAUCUGCAACAACUCACAGCAGAUGACGGUAAUGGAAAAACUUUGUACCUCAGACUUGCAGCUUCCGAGUUUAAGGAUCCAAAAAGUAAAAAGGGAUUGAUUAUCGGUGUUGCAGUAGGCUCAGCUGUUGGGAUAGCAGUUCUUUUAGGCCUUAUUGUGGUUGCAGUGUUGAGAGACAGAAACAGAGUGAUUGGAAAAUCAGUGGAGGGUUCAUUGGUGGCAUUUGAGUAUAGAGAUCUUCAAGAAGUAACAAAGAACUUCUCGGAGAAAUUGGGGGGAGGAGGUUUUGGUUCUGUCUUCAAGGGCACAAUGCGUGAUUCAUCAGUCAUAGCAGUGAAGAAGCUCGAAAGUGUUAGCCAAGGAGAGAAGCAAUUCAGAACAGAAGUCAGCACAAUUGGGACAAUCCAACAUGUCAAUCUUGUUCGGCUUCGUGGGUUCUGCUCUGAAGGUUCUAAGAGGUUGUUGGUAUAUGAUUACAUGCCUAAUGGAUCUCUGGAUGCUCACCUUUUCAAUUGUCCAAACGAUGUUUUGGAGUGGAAUACAAGAUACCAAAUUGCUCUGGGGACAGCAAGAGGGUUGGCUUAUCUUCAUGAGAAAUGUAGAGAUUGUAUCAUACAUUGCGACAUAAAGCCAGAAAACAUUCUCCUAGAUACCGAACUUUGUCCCAAAGUUGCAGACUUUGGCCUGGCAAAGCUUGUUGGAAGAGAGUUCAGCCGAGUCCUGACCACAAUGAGAGGCACACGAGGCUAUCUUGCACCAGAGUGGAUUUCAGGAGUGGCAGUCACAGCAAAAGCUGAUGUUUACAGCUACGGAAUGAUGCUCUUCGAAAUUGUAUCAGGAAGACGAAACUCUGAGCCAUCUGAAGACGGCAAAGUUAGAUUCUUCCCAAGUUGGGCUGCUGGCGUGAUCACGAGUAACGAAGAAGGCGAUGUGCUGAGCCUAUUGGACCCGAAAUUAGGGAGAAACGGUGAUGUGGAAGAGAUCAUGAGGGUUCUUAGAGUUGCUUGCUGGUGUGUACAAGAUGAUGAGGCUCAUAGACCAUCAAUGGGUCAAGUGGUGCAGAUUCUCGAGGGGGUUUUGAAUGUGAACUUGCCCUCAGUUCCAAGAUCACUCCAACUCUUUGGAGAUAGCCAGGACAUAGUUUUCUUCACAGAGUCAUCUUCAAGCCAGAGCUCACAUGCACCAAGCAAUAACACAUCAACAGCUUCAUCUCAGACCAAGAGCGCUGCAUCUUCAACUAUCUCCAAGAGAUCUGAAGAUCAUCAAACGAGCACAUAAUGGCCUUUUCCUCUUGGUCAUUUGGUUUGAUCCGCAAGUAAUUGUCAGAUAUAUGUAAUUAAACAAUAGUUUAGUUAUUACUUAUUAGUAUGAUAUUUCAACCAAAAAUAAAGUUAUUGUAUGAUAUUGAAGUUUUAUUUUUA